ACAUGGCUCCUUAAGGCAGACAAGGGGAGAAGAGAAGGUGUAAGUGCAGCAUGGGGGUCGCGGUGGACGUGAAGAAAGUGUAUCCGUAUCCUUUUCAGGAGGUGGUCAGCAGCUACCUGACCAAGUAUCCAACUCCUUUAGAGAAACAUGUUACAGCGAUGAAAACUGUGGAAGAACAAUCAGACCAAGAAACAGGCAUUGUGUACAGGCGGAGGAUUGCAACAUGCAAUAAUGUCAUUCCAUCCUUUCUAAGAAAGUGCAGUAUCUUAAAAGUGCCAAAUAUAUCCUUGGAAGAAGAGUCGUGGCUGGAUAUGAAAGCAAGAGUGAUGACUCUAAAGAGCCGUUGCUUAACAUGGUCCCAGUAUGCAUCUAUGAACGAAGAGUCUGUGUACAGGGAAUCCAAAGAGAAUCCCAACUGGACAGAAUUCAUUCAGAGAGGGACAAUUUCAAUCACUGGGGCGGGAUUACUCAAUUGUGUUCUGGAAACAUUUGCACAGACUUUUUUAAAACAAGGAGUCAAAAAGAGUAUUUCCAUCAUGGAGACGAUUCUGCAAGAACGAUAUGGUUGCCCUUUCUCUUAGCGUUGGUCUGUUAGAGUCUUGUGGAAUUACAUAAUG